CUCUUUCUAUAUUUUUCUUUUUUCCAACCGGCUGUUUCUUGUCAUUGUUUUCUAUUUAUUUUUAAAGUGUGUUCCUAAAGUUAAUAAAAACCAUGUCAAAACCCAUAACAUUUGUUACCGGUAAUGCUAAAAAACUGGAAGAAUUAGUGGCCAUCUUGGGUCCCAACUUUCCACGUCCGGUAAUAUCUAAGAAAAUCGAUUUACCCGAACUGCAAGGCGAAAUAGAAGAAAUUGCUGUUAAGAAAUGCAAAGAAGCCGCACGUCAGGUGGAUGGUCCCGUAUUAGUGGAGGACACAUGUUUAUGUUUUAAUAGCCUUAAGGGAUUACCCGGUCCCUAUAUCAAAUGGUUUUUGGAAAAACUACAACCUGAAGGUUUACACAAUCUAUUGGCCGGUUGGUCAGAUAAAUCCGCUAAAGCUGUGUGUACUUUAGCUUUUUCUGAGGGCCAAGACUCAGAACCUAUAAUAUUCCAAGGCAUUACAGAGGGUAGUAUUGUCGAGCCACGCGGUAGUCGUGAUUUUGGUUGGGAUCCCAUAUUCCAGCCUACUGGCUAUGAUUUGACUUAUGCUGAAUUACCUAAAGAGGAAAAGAAUAAGAUUUCUCAUAGAUUUAGAGCACUGGAUGCUUUCCAAAAGCAUUUUGGUGUUACGAAGUAGAUUUUAAGUUUAUUUUUGAUAUAAAAAUUGUAUUUUGAAUACAAUUCCAAAAAAAAGUAAAACCAAAUAAAUUUAUUUUUGAGAAACUUG